CCAUGCCUGAUGGCUGAGUGAGGUUAGAACGGACGUGUUUCAGGGCGGGUUUGUAGAGUUUACGGACGGUUGAGCAGCUCUACCGGGCGGGAUGGCGGCUAGGGGGUCUCGGUACGGGCGCAGGCUGGUCUCCAGCUUCCUGACGGUCGGUCUGCAGACGGAAACGGGAGGGGCGAACAGCCGGACGGCACAGGGACAGGCACAAGGUGUCCUGAGGAGUGUCCACGGCUGGCAGGAGGGGAUACGAGAGAUGGUGUCCCGGCCGAGGUCCUGGCUACAGCUGCGGAACUCACACGUUCCAGCCGGGUCCCAAAGGAUGCCUUACUCAGGCACAGCAGGCCCUUACCCUGGCACGGCUACCCUGUUCCCUGGCACAACGAGCCUGUACGCUGGCACAGAGGGCCUUUACCCCAGCAGGGCAGGUCCCACAGUCAGACAUCACAUCCUAACUUCUCACACAUUCAGAAAGGACCUCUUCCCCACACGUGGAGGUGACAGUGGCUGUGUCUCCUGUAUCCACUGCAGUACUUUUCACAGUUCCGCUCACAUCACCCAGAGGAGCGAGGAGAAACCAGGAACAGCAGGGCAGGACCAGGGGGCAGCUGAGGAGGAGGAGGAGGAGGAGGAUUUGGUGGCGAGGUACCGGGACCUGACGUUGUUCCAGAGGUUCAAAUACAUGGUGAAGGACUAUGGACAUGUGCUGAUCCCCGUGCACGUGGCCACCUCGCUGGUCUGGUUCGGCUGCUUCUACUACAUGGCCAUCAGUGGUGUAGACCCAGUGCCCCUCCUGGAGAAGAUCGGCCUGCCGCAUUCCUGGGUGGAAACCAUGAAGAAGUCUGGAGCCUCGGAUGUGAUGGUGGCUUAUGCCUUUUACAAGAUUGCAACUCCAGCCCGUUACACCGUGACCCUGGGCGGAACGACUUUCACGAUACGCUACCUGCGCAAGAAAGGUGUCAUGCAGAAGCCUCCCCCUUCCAAACACAUGGAGAAGAUGAAGGACUUUAUCCAGGAGAAAAGGGACCAGCUGAAAAAUAAGUAGACAUUUCUGGCAGAGAACAUCAAGGUUCCAUCCAUGACCAGCUGUCUUGUCUAGAUAUAAGGCCACAGCAAGUAAAUUUUAUGGAUGACAUUCUCCGACUCCAAAUCUAAUGCGAGCGGGAAAAAAA